AUGACAGGAAGAAAGAUGAGUAGCUCUGAUGCUCCUCCGUCUCAUAACGUCUUCGUUUACGGCAGUAUUCUUGAACCCGCCGUCGCCGCCGUGAUCCUUGACCGCUCCGCCGAUACCGUUCCCGCCCUUCUUCAUGGCUACCACAGGUAUAAACUCAAAGAUCGUUCGUAUCCAUGUAUUGUCCCGUUUGAGUCGGGAAAAGUCAACGGAUUGGUAAUAACGGGAGUAACCGAUGCUGAGCUAAACAACUUUGAUGUCAUUGAAGGUAUUUAUUAUGAGAGAGUCACAGUUGAAGUUGUAAGGACGGACAAUUCAGAGAAGAUGAAAGUGGAAACUUAUGUUUGGAUCAAUAAAGAUGAUCCUACCAUGUAUGGAGAAUGGGACUUCGAGGAAUGGAGAGUGAUUCAUGCGGAUAAAUUCGUGGAAACGUUUAAGAAUGUGUUGGAAUGGAACAAGAAUCCAAAUGGGAUGAGAAGAGAGGAUGUUGCACAAUCAUUUGAUCUGGAUUCAAAUCCGGAUACGCUACAGCAUAAUACCAUUUUAUCGGGUCACUCCAAAAACGAUGAUGUUCACAUGUUAAAGAUAAAGAAGAAGAAAAAAAAGAUCCAGUGUCAUUAUCAAAAUAAGGAAGACGGAUUCAAGGAAAGUAGGCUACGGUACUCAUGCGAGAUUAUAAACAGAGCACUACUACUAAGUACUAACUCAUCUCUCUCUCCUCAAUUUCAGAGGAAGACGAUGACUACUUCUGAUCAAUCCCCGUCGCACAACGUCUUCGUCUACGGCAGUUUCCAGGAACCAGCCGUCGUCGGUUUGAUCCUCGAAUGCACUCCGGUCAUCAUCCCCGCCAAACUACACGGCUUUCAUCUGUAUCGACUCAAAGGACGUUUGCAUCCUUGUAUUGCUCCUUCUGAGAACGGAGUAAUCAACGGCAAGAUACUAACUGGAUUAACAGAUGCUCAGCUUGAGAAUUUGGAUAUGAUUGAAGGAGAUGAAUACGUGAGGACGACCGUUGAGGUUGUAUUGACUGACACUUCCGAGAAGAUGCAAGUGGAAGCUUUCGUAUGGGCCAACAAGGAUGAUCCUGACAUGUAUGGAGAAUGGGAUUUCGAGGAAUGGAAACGGCUUCACAUGGAGAAAUUCAUAGAGGCGUCGAAGCAGUUCAUCGAGUGGAAGAAGAAUCCUAAUGGGAGAACAAGGGAAGAGUUUGCCAAAUUUGUAAACGAAGAUCCUCCUGCUGCUUGAAGAACUUUGUCUGCUUUCUAUCUAUUUUUACUCCAAAUAAAAAGGGUCUUUAACUUGAGAGGAAAUAAUAAGAGGGCUUUGUGAGUUAGCUACACGAAGAAGAGUUUGUAUGUGUAUUGUCUACUACGAACAUUAUUGAGUUGUAACUUGUAUGUGUAUAUAAUUCCUAAUCUCUUUGAGGCUAUUAAUUAGAAGUAUUAUGUUGUUUUAUUAAGGGUGGUCAUUAUUAUUCAGACAAAAUCUUAUCUAAAUUCCAAAAAAAGUCAUAAUGCAUUGAAAAUGCUACUGCUUUGGACUUUGACUGAUAGAUUGGUGUCUAAAAAGUAGGCCCG